AUGCCGCUGCAGACUACUGCAAGCGCUGAUGCGAGCCGUGUUCCUGGCCUUCUGGGCACCACCGAGAACGAGCUCGGCAUCCGCAAGUGGCUCGAGGACCAGGGCCACACGCUCGUGACGACCUCGGACAAGGAGGGCGAGAACUCGACCUUUGACAAGGAACUCGUCGACGCCGAGGUCAUCAUCACAACGCCCUUCCACCCCGGCUACCUGACGGCCGAGCGCCUGGCCAAGGCCAAGAACCUCAAGAUUGCCAUCACGGCCGGCAUUGGCUCAGACCACGUCGACCUCAAUGCCGCCAACAAGACUAACGGCGGCAUCACCGUGGCCGAGGUGACGGGCUCCAACGUCGUCUCGGUGGCCGAGCACGUCGUCAUGACGAUCCUGCUGCUGAUCCGCAACUUUGUGCCGGCGCACGAACAGAUUGAGCGCGGCGAAUGGGACGUGGCCGCGGCCGCCAAGCAGGAGUACGACCUCGAGGGCAAGGUCGUCGGCACCGUGGCCGUCGGUCGCAUCGGUGAGCGCGUGCUGCGCCGCCUCAAGCCCUUUGACUGCAAGGAGCUCCUCUACUACGACUACCAGCCGCUGUCGGCCGAGAAGGAGAAGGAGAUUGGCUGCCGCCGCGUCGACAAGCUCGAGGACCUGCUGGCGCAGUGCGACGUCGUCACCAUCAACUGCCCGCUGCACGAGAAGACGCGCGGCCUCUUCAACAAGGACCUCAUCGCCAAGAUGAAGAAGGGCAGCUACCUCAUCAACACGGCCCGCGGCGCCAUCGUCGUCAAGGAGGACGUCGCCGACGCCCUCAAGAGCGGCCACCUCGCCGGCUACGGCGGCGACGUCUGGUUCCCCCAGCCCGCCCCCGGCGACCACGUCCUGCGCACCGCCAAGAACCCCUUCGGCGGCGGCAACGCCAUGGUGCCCCACAUGUCCGGCACCUCGCUCGACGCCCAGAAGCGCUACGCCGACGGCACAAAGGCCAUUCUCGAGAGCUACUUCAGCGGCCGCCACGACUACCGCCCCGAGGACCUUAUCGUCUACAAGGGCGACUACGCCACCAAGGCCUACGGCGAGCGCAAGGAGAGCAGGCAGACCAACGUCUAG